AUGUCGGUCGGCAGGAUCGGCGAAUAUCGUCUCGGCACGAAUGCGUCCUGGGAUGAAUACGUCGAACGGCUAGAGAUGUUCUGCGCUGCAAACAAGAUAACCACGGACGAGCAAAAACGAGCGGUUCUGCUGAGUUGUUGCGGCGAGGACACUUACGGGCUGAUCGUGACCUUGGUCAAGCCAGCAAGACCGACGGCGGCGAGCUACGACGACAUCAAGGGGGCGGUGCGGAAGCACAUGCAUCCAAGGCCUUCGGAGCUGUACGCAAGAUUCUUAUUCUACCGAAGAAACCAAGCUCAGGGUGAGGCGGCGUCGGAGUAUGUUACGGCACUCCGUAAGCUGGCUGAAGACUGCGGUUUCGGUGACAAACUGCUUCCACUGGACGUCAUGAUGAGGGACCGGUUCGUAUGCGGCAUCAAGAAUGAAGCGGUUCAACAGCGGCUGCUCGCAGAACGCGACCUGACGUUCGAGGUGGCGUACGACAUGACGCUGACGGCGGAGGCAACGGAGAAGCAGCAGCGCGAUAUACGCAAGCAAGCUCAAGACGGAACCAAAGAAAGCGAGGGUCUGGUUCAAGCGACACGCAUGAAACUGGACACCAAGGCGGACGACGUCAGCUGCUUCCGCUGCAACGGUAAGCACGCUCCGCAUGUAUGCCGUUUUAGAAAGGCUGCUUGUUUCAAAUGCAAAAAGGUUGGACACGUGGCAAAAGCUUGUCGUUCAAAAGACGAGAAUCAGACGCCGCGGAAGCCAACUGGCCUGCGCAAGCGGGAGGAAAAAAACAAGGGCGUCUAUGAAAUGAGCGCAUUGUUUUCUGUAUGCGAAGUGCGUGAACAGGCUGAAAAGUUCAUGGUAGAAGUGCACAUUCAAGGAGAGAAAGUUCCGAUGGAAGUCGAUUCAGGAGCAUCUUGCUCGAUUGUGAGUGAAGAGACGUUUCGGUUGAUCGAGAAGAAUCGAGGCCAGAUACCGCUGCAAGAAGCCGGCACAAAGCUUGUAACCUGGUCGAAUGAAUCAUUGUACGUGAUCUCCCUGGACGACCGGAGGCGACUGUACGUGAAGGCCGAGGAAGAGAAGCGCUACACGUCGUACGGGUCCAUCAGCUACCAAAUCCGGGAGGCCAACGAGGAGGCGUCCGGCUUCUUCGAUUUCAUGGGACGGGCGCUGGCCAUCGUGGCCACUUCAGUCGUCGUCACGGUGCUAAUCGCAAUGUUCUCCGCUCUGCCCCUCCUCAUGAUGAUCAUAGGAAUCCAGUACCUCCAGGAAUGUCCCAAGGAGCCCAACAUUCCCCUGUACCUCCUCAUCGGAGGUGCCUUCGGACUCAUCAAGGUCGGGACGCUGCUCUACCACCAGAUGCGACGGCUAAGGUACGAGCGUCUUGACGAUGGCCUCGCCGACGGAGACAUGGACGAAGUCUGGUCGUCAACGUCUACCAAGAUCACCGAGUACGCGCUCACCAUCUUCCUGCUCGUCUGGUUUGGCAUGGGCAACUACUGGGUCCUCCGGAUCUACAAGCCCCGGUUCCAGCCCCUGCUCCACGAGCCCAACAACUACUGCGACAAGACAGUGUACACGUUCGCGGUGGCCCAUCUACUCGUGUGCUACGGCGUCAUCGCGCUUCUGGUGGCCGAGGUCAUCUGUCUCGCGCUCUGCGUCCGCGUUCUGGGAGUCUGGUGCAAAAAGUGA